AUGGCAGCGGGCUCUGUCUCUGCUCAACGAGAUGCGGAAGGCAAAGGUGGCGCCCAACCUCGUAAGCUACAACGCCGGGGUCAGCGCGUGCGAGGUGGGCAACCAAUGGCAGCAGGCUUUGGCGCUGAUCAGCGACAUGUCGCAGGCGACGUUGGAGCCGUGCUCAGCUACAACGCUGGGAUCGCCGCGUGCGAGAAGGGUGCUCAAUGGCAGCUUGCUUUGGCUUUGCUCCGCGAGAUUCGGGAGGCGAAGCUGGAGCCCGACGUCAUCCUCAGCUACGGCGCUGGGAUCAGCGCGUGCGGCAAGGGCGAGCAGUGGCAGCAGGCUCUGGCGCUGCUCAGAGGGAUGUCGGAUUCGAAGUUGGAGUCUAACGUCAUCAGCUACAGCGCUGGGAUCAGCGCGUGCGGCAAGGGCGAGCAAUGGCAGCAGGCUCUGGCGCUGCUCAGCGAGAUGCGGGAUGUGAAUUUGGAUCCCGACGUCAUUAGCUACAGCGCUGGUAUCAGCGCGUGCGGCAAGGGCGAGCAAUGGCAGCAGGCUCUGACGCUGCUCAGCGAGAUGCGGGAUGCGAGUUUGGAUCCCAAUAUCAUUAGUUACAACGCUGGUAUCAGCGCGUGCGGCAAGGGCGAGCAGUGGAGGUGGGCUCUGGUGCUGCUGAGCGAGAUGUGGGAGGCGAAGCUGGAGCCCGAUGUCAUCAGCUACAACGCUGGGAUCAGCGCGUGCGAGCCGGGCGGGCAGUGGCAGCAGGCUCUGGCGCUGCUCAGCAAGAUGCGGUUUGCGAGUUUCGAUCCCGCCGUCAUAAGCUACAACGCUGGUAUCAGCGCGUGCGUCAAUGGCGAUCAGUGGCAGCAAGCUCUUGCGCUGCUCAGAGGGAUGUCGGAGGCGACGUUGGAGUCUGACGUCAUCAGCUACAGCGCUGGGAUCAGCGCGUGCGGCAAGGGCGAGCAAUGGCAGCAGGCUCUGACGCUGCUCAGCGAGAUGCGGGAUGCGAGUUUGGAUCCCAAUGUCAUUAGCUACAACGCUGGUAUCAGCGCGUGCGGCAAGGGCGAGCAAUGGCAGCAACCUCUGGCGCUGCUCAGCGAGAUGCGGGAUGCGAGUUUGGAUCCCGACGUCAUUAGCUACAGCGCUGGCAUCAGCGCGUGCGAAGAGGGCGAGCAAUGGCAGCAGGCUCUGACGCUGCUCAGCGAGAUGCGGGAGGCGAAGCUGGAGCCCAACGCCAUCAGUUACAGCGCUGGGAUCAGCGCGUGCGGCAAGGGCGAGCAGUGGAGGCAUGCUCUGGCGCUGCUCAGCGAGAUGCGGGAUGCGAAUUUGGAUCCCGGCGUCUCUGUUACAACGCUGGGAUCAGCGCGUGCGAGAAGGGCGGGCAGUGGCAGCCGGCGCUGGCGCUGCUGA